CAGCGUGAUAAAAAUGUUUUAAAUCAAAAAGUGUUAAUUAAAGCCAAAAUCAAAAUCAAUGCGCCUGUGGACGGUGACGGCUCGAGAUCGUGCGCGUGAACGAAUAUUAACACAGCAGUCAAAUCAAGCAAACGAAAGAACAAACAAAUUUAUUGAACAGCAGCGGCGUGCGUGAGUGUCGAGAAGAGUGAAGUUUGCAUAUAUUUUGUGUUUAUGUUCUACCUGACAUUCGUGAAUGUAGCCACAAAGUGGACGAGCCGAGAAAUCACGGCCCAAAGCAAAUAAACAAGAAUCGUAAAAAGUGCGGCCAUAAAACGCAGUCUCGCUGCGGGCAUCAUCGUCCGUAAAUUAAUCAAAAUCAAAAAGUUGCGUUGUGGCCAAAGAAAUACAAACUGCUGGACAGGCAGCGGCGGCAGCAGCAGCUUCCCCCAAUUCGACAGUAACCAAACAAGUAAACUCCAAAAGCUGGCUAAACGGCAGCGCCAUGGAUGAUGAGUUCAAACUCUGCUGGAAGAACUUCCAAGAAAACAUUGCCAGCGGAUUCCAGAACCUCUACGAUCGUGGGGAUCUCGUGGACGUGACCUUGGCCUGCGACGGCAAGCUGCUGCAGGCGCACAAGAUAGUCCUGGCCAUUUGCAGUCCCUACUUCCAGGAGAUCUUCACCAGCAAUCCCUGCCGGCAUCCAAUAAUCAUACUCAAAGAUGUGAGCUUCAACAUAAUGCUGGAACUGUUGGAGUUCAUGUACCAGGGAGUGGUGAAUGUGAAGCACACGGAGCUGCAGUCGUUCAUGAAGAUUGGACAGCUGCUGCAGAUCAAGGGCCUGGCCACCAAUUCCAAUGCCUCGCCGGCGUCCAGUGCAUCGGAGAAGUCUGCUAGUCAACCGCCCAACCAUGGCCAGGGGGACGAGUCGUCAUCGCUCAGUAAUACCCACAAUAACAGCCACAGCAAUAACCAUCACAACUCCAGCAACAGCACCGCCAACAACAGCAGCAGCAGCAACAGCAACAAUAACAAUAACAAUAACAUCACGAAUAACAGCAGCAGUAGCUCUAACAGCAAACCGGAUGCGGAGCACAGUGAAGCCAAGGGCCAGAGCACGCAGAGCAACUCGCGGACCACAUCGCCAGGCGGUGCCAGCAGAGCCUCCAGCGAUGCCAGCCACCUGUAUGCCCUGAACAAGCGACCAGCCCCGUCGGACUUCAGCAACGACUCCCUGUCCAUCUACUCGGGCAAGCAGCUGCGGCGCUCCAUGAAGGAGCAGCACGAGAGCAGCAGCGACAAUUUGGAUAAUGGCGCCAACCUGGAGAACCCCCUGAACACGGAGGAGUUCUUCCUGCCCCCGAUUCCACACCUUUCGCUGGCCGAACCCCGAUACGACCUGGGGGGACUCAAGCGGGAACAGGAUGGCCAUCAUGGACCGGGUGGCGGUGGAAGCGGCGGCGGCGGCAGUCUCAGCUCCUCGGCCUCCUCCUCGACGGCAGUCAACUCGCUGCGCAAUCCGUUUGGGCCGGCCUUCAAUCUGGACUAUAACUUCUACAAGCCGAGCGGCAACCAAGGCGGGCCGAGUGGCAGCUCCAAUAAUGCGGCACCUGGUGGCAUCAGCAACAAUGGACCAUCCUCUGGCCUCGGCCCCGGCCACGAAUACCCCAAUGAGCUCUACAUGCCCAAUGAUUACUCCAAGAACUUUGCCAAUCAUAUGGACAUUCCGUCAAAUGGCAGCAAUAUGGUGAUGCUGUCCACCACCUCGCUGCUCCAUGGCAACUGCGUGUUCAAUCGCAACAACACGGUGGCCACGCAGCAGGGCAUGAAGACCUACUGGCUGUGCAAGUCCUACCGGAUCAGCAUGUGCCGGGCCCGCUGCAUCACCCACCUCGGCCGAAUAAUCUCCGCCACGGGCGUCCACAACCACACGCCCCAUAUGCGCGGCAGCCAGGGGGCGGCUGCAGCAGCACCCGCCACGGCGGGCAGUGGCGGCACUCCUCCAGUGACGGUCUCGCUGGCGUCCCUACCGAAUCAUAAUCAGCCCGGCGGCUACUCCAUUGCGGACGGGAGUCACAUUGGAGCGGAUCUGAACCACAGCGUUGCCCCUGCCAGUAGUCGGCUGGGCGCGGCCGGCAACAUGUUUGCCAAUCAGACGCCACCGCCGGCGGCAGCCUCACAUCAUCACCAUCACCUGGGCCAGCCGCUGCCCAACCUUCUGGUGCAGCAUCAUCCGACGGCGACGCAUAUGGAGCAGCACAGCGGCAUGGGGAGUGGAGCGCCGCCCUCGAAUAUCAUGCACAAUCCCAACCUGAUGCAUCUGCCCAUGCAGUCGCAAGCCCAUCACCACCACCAACAGCAGCAGCAACAGCAGCACUCUCCACACACCCACCAUGCGGCAGGAGCCCCGCCACCGCCUCCGUCCCAGCAUCAUCUAGAGCUGGGAGGGGGACAUGGCGUGCUCCUCUCACCCGCUCAUAUGCAGCAGAGUCCGCUGUCGAAUCGAAGCAGCCACUCCAUGCAUGCCCAGGAGUCGCCGCUGGGCAUGAAGAGUCCGCCCCCACCGCCCGUAGAGGAGCAACAGCAGCAGCAACAACAGCAGCAGCGAGUGGACAUCAGCUCGAGUGCCGACGGGUCGGCGGAGAGUGCCGCCCCGGGUACGGCGCAUGUCAUCAACUCCAUUACGAUAUCCCCCAGCAGCAGGCACAGCUUCAAGAUGGAGAACAUGUAAGGGCAUGCAGGCCUUGCGCUGGGC